GGGCCGGGAGCCGCCGGAGCUGGAACUGGUACCGGUGUCGGCUCCGCUGCCGCGGCCGCGCCCGCCGCUGCUGGGGGAGGCGGUGCCCGCGCCGCGCCCCCGCGCCCCGCCCGCCCCCGGCAGCAGCAGCAGCGGCAGCGGCAGCUUCAGCACCUCCGGCAGCUCCGGCAGCAGCUCCAGCGGCAGCACCAUGGACCUGUCCUUCAUGGCCGCGCAGGUGCUUCCUGUUAUGGGAGGAGCCUUUAUGGACUCACCCAACGAGGACUUUAGUACAGAGUACUCCCUGUUUAACUCAUCAGCCAACGUCCAUGCAGCUUCUUCCAUGCAGAAUCCACCAGAAGAGACAUCCCGUUCUUCAAAUGAUGCCAUAUUGUUAUGGAUUGCAAUAAUAGCAACAAUUGGAAAUAUUGUGGUUGUGGGAGUGGUGUAUGCCUUCACCUUCUAGGCUGACUGUCACUACAAACACUGGAAGAAAGGAAAUCUUCAACAGUAUUUGUCAUGUGUAUGUAUGUGUGUAUAUAUACAUGUAUAUCUAUAUAAAUACAUUUAAGUGGAGACUUUGUUGAUUAAGUGCUGCUACAGUCGUGGAAAUGAAAUGCAAGUUAAUCAUCCUAAGUCUUGAUGGCAGAAAGUUUGGAUGCAAAUUGUGUGGAGGUGAGAGUUUUAUUUGAGAACAGAGCCAGUACCAGUUUUGUAUAGAAAUGUAAUGAAAGAGAGAUCAACUUGGAUAUAGUAAAUACAGAGAGAUAUUUAUAUAGAAAGUGAUUAUUUUCUACUGUAGAUUUUUCUAGCAGCUCUUCUGCAGUUUGUCAGUUUUUGGGUUUUUUUGGUGCAUUUUUUACUGUGGUAUAAUGUUAUAUGGAAGUGUUCCAGGUCAUGUUUUCUGGACAUCUUCGUUUCCUAGAUGGACCAAGUGGUUGGCAUUGGCUCGGUUCGGAUGAAGGCCAAGUUCAUCAUGUGUGAGUCUUCAGCAUGGCUGUAGACUCCUGGGCUGUGUUCAAAAUCAUGAGUCUCAAGCCAUGAGAGGCAGAUGCAGGCUGUCUAUUACUUGCCCUCCAGGAUCAGUAACUGGAGCUGGUACUCAAUAAAGUGAUGCUGAACCUGCCUGCUGUUCAGGAGAAGGCACAGCUAUUGCUGCUCUGCAGACCCUCUGAAUUUCAAAGGAGAAAAUGAUAAACAGAGUAGCAGUACAAGUUCCCACUUCUGUCUAGAGGUACUGGAUUGCUGUGGUUUGUAUAUGUGUCCCUUCCAGGAAGCAAAAGCCCAAUACCACACUUUUCAUCUCAUUGGACUGCAAUCCAGAUUUCUUACAGCUGCUGUGUACUUUCAUAAAGUUAUUAAUGUACUAAAAGAAUGAUGGAAAAAUUGUGAAGCCUAAUUAGUAGUGAAUAUGUCUGUGAGAAAGAUAAAACUGAAAGAAGGGUUGAGCACUUCUGUGCUUUUGUGGGAGUGAAUUCAAGAGUCAGGUAUGUCCUGGGGUAGAAACAACACAAGAAAAGUAGUAAGUGUCAAAUGUACAAGUGCUUAUAUCUCAGUAUUAAUAUAUCUCUGGGUCCUGGUGAGGGUCUUGGAAGUGAUUUUUUUAUAGCUGGCUUUAGGUAAUGACUCUGAUUAUCCUUUGGAUUUGUUCCACUGAGAGGCAACAUUUUUACUGCAUUUUUUCCAUGGGCACUUCAUUUUCAAGAGCUGUUUCUUUUCAAGACAAGCUGUAGCCUUCCUUGCUUGAGAGACUGUAAAAUCUUGAGACAAAGAAGAAAAAAAUCACCACUGUUGGAAAUCUGCCUUCACUCCUGUAAAAAUUAAGUAACAAUACAUAAAAUGUAUGUACUUUGAGAGCAGCAGACAAAUUCUUCUUCUAUGUCUGCAUGUACUGUCUAGGUUUUCUGUCUCAUAUAGCUACUACCCUAAUUCCAGAAAGCCUUGUCUGCAGGCACAGAGACUAUUUUUGACACUUGCCUGCCACUGAGCUUGAGGCUGGGCUAAGAGCUGCUGAAUGUAUAGAGAGGUUUGGAUUUUUGUCUUUUCUCUUUAAACCCAUUUUCCUGCAGGGCUGGUGGACAGUUAUUUGAAUCAAAGAAGCAUGCCCCAAAUCAGUACUUAUAACCAGUCACUGUCUAUAUUUUUUCCUUCUCUAUGAACUGUCCUUUAAAGCUAGGAAAGAUGCAAACAGAGCUAGCAAUGGGGAGAAAAUAAAUUAGGUUAUUUUAAGGCUGAGAAAAACAAUUAUGAGCUUCUGUGCAUGUUGUUAUCUUCCUGUUUGAAGGCAGGAUUUUGUGAAGAUGGUUGAGGACAGAUAAGACCUAUACUGGGAAAAAGUUUGAGAAGCCCAGUUCUGAAAGAUC